AUGGCUGAUUUGCUUCCUAAAAACCCGUCACUCCAUCCCCAUCAAUCCACACAAUCGCUUCAAGCACAAAUCAACGCUACCCAGGCUGACCUCCCACCACACUUUCACGAAUCCAUCCCCGAUAUUGCCACAAAUUCGUUUAAGGAUAAAGUAACAGACCCCAGGGGAGUGUACCUGGAGUCGUACGGAUGCCAGAUGAACGUGAACGACCUGGAGGUGGUGCUGGGGAUCCUCAGAUCAGCAGGGUUCAACGUGGCGCGCGCUGUUAGGCCAGAGGAGGCACGGGUGAUUCUGGUGAACACGUGUGCGAUCAGGGAGAAUGCAGAGGCGAAGGUGGCGGUGCUGGGGUGCAUGGCAGAGCGGCUGAAGGAGCAGCUAGUGGCAGCGGAUAAGAUGGUUGACGUGGUGUGUGGGCCCGACGCUUACAGGGAUCUACCACGGCUCCUAGAUGAGGUGGAAGCGGGUCAGACAGGAGUCAACACUCUCCUGUCUCUCGACGAAACCUACGCUGAUGUGUCGCCCGUUCGCCUCGCCUCUAAUUCCGUCAGCGCGUUUGUGACUAUAAUGAGGGGCUGCGACAACAUGUGCUCCUACUGCAUUGUGCCUUUCACGAGGGGCAGGGAGCGCUCCCGGCCAAUCAGGAGCAUCCUUGGGGAGAUUGAGGAGCUCGCCGGGCAGGGCGUGAAGGAAAUUUAUCUUCUCGGGCAGAAUGUUAACAGUUACCGGGACACGUCAGCAUGUGAUACGGUUGAUUCAGUCACCACCACUGUUUCUUCCCCUUCCUCCUCCUCCUCCUCCUCCUCCUCCUCCUCCUCCUCCUCCUCCUCCUCCUCCUCCUCCUCCUCCUCCUCCUCCUCCUCCUCCUCCUCCCAACCGCACUUGACCCCUGGCUUUUCCACAAUCUACAAACCCAAGCUGGGAGGGAUCCGAUUCGCCACUCUCCUAGACGAAGCUUCCCGGAACUUUCCCGACAUCCGCUUCCGCUUCACCUCCCCUCACCCCAAGGACUUUCCCGUGGAGCUUCUUUCGCUCAUGGCUGCCCGGGGCAACGUUUGCAAAAGUUUGCAUCUGCCCGCACAGAGCGGCAGCAGCAGUGUGCUGGGGAGGAUGCGCAGGGGGUAUUCGAGGGAGGCGUAUCUGGACCUGGUGGAGCGAGUGAGAAGCGUUGUGCCUGGUGCUGCCAUUAGCAGUGACUUCAUAACAGGCUUCUGCGGCGAGACAGAGGAGGAGCACCAGGAGACGCUCUCUCUCAUGCGUGCAGUGGGAUACGACAUGGCAUACAUGUUUGCCUACUCGCUGCGCCCGCGCACACACGCCCACCGGCGGCUAGAGGACGAUGUACCGGAGGAGGUGAAGCACCGGCGGCUGAGUGAACUCGUGGCCACGUUCCGGGAGACAACAGCUGCCCGAUACACAGCUCAGGUGGGAACCAAGCAGGUGGUGCUCGUGGAGGGUCCCAACAAGCGCUCUCAUCUCACAGAGCUGAUUGGGAAGACUGACCUGGGCCACCGAGUGACCUUCAACAACUCCCUCCACCAGCAUUUGACAGCGGCGGACAGGAAACACAAGGGUUAUUCGCUGGACUUGGAAAGUGGGGGGGGUGGGGGUGGGGCUGGUAGGGGUUCAGCUGGAGGGGGGGUUGCGAGCACUGUCGUUGGAGGUGAUUCGUCUUUUGAGUCGACUCAACAUUCAGCAUGUGCAAUUCUCACGUUCGUCACGUGCAUUUUCCCUCCUUCGAUGCGAUUCGAUCCGACCUCCUCCAGCCACAUCAUCAUGCGGACCCACGAGACCCGCACGGAGGGCGUGCUCGACUGCACAGGCGCGCUCACCGUCCUCGCUACAAAGCUCACCGCUGUCGCGUAUAACUACCAGGACGGGCUCACGCUGCUCAAGGAGAAGGACCAAGGCGCGAAAGCCAAGGACGAGACGGAGAAGAAGGAAUUAACCGAGGAGCAGAGGCGGCGCGAGGAGCGGAUGGAGCGUUCGCGAUUGGAGCGGCGAAAGGCGGCGCUGGUUACCAUGCCGUCGCCGCUGGAGCUGUUGGGGUACCUCUUCUGCUUCGGGCUGCACAUGACGGGCCCGUUCUUCGAGUUCAAAGCGUACGACGACUGGACCCGCCGACAAGGGAUCUGGUCCCCGGGUCUCAAGCAGCCGUCCGUCCUCCCGGCGUUCUUCCGCGCGUUCGUGCAGGGCAUCCUCGCAGCUCUUGUCUUCCUGCUCGUGUCGCCCUCGCUGGACCUCACGCGCAUUAGCGACCUGCGCAAGAACCGCGCGUACCCCUUCCACCUGCGCUGGCUGUUCGCGCACCAGGCCAGCAUCGUGUGGCGCUUCCGCGCGUACAUCCUCUGGAGCAUCACCGAGGCCGCCAUGGUCGUCGGCGGGCUGGGCUUCAGUGGCUGGGAGACGCCGAAAAAGGGGGGGGAGGCUGGGAAGGGCGGGGCUGGGAAGGGGGAAGCGGAGGGGGCGAACGGGGGUGGGAAGGGUGGUGAUGGGGGGAAGAGGGAGGGUGAUGAGACGUGUGCGGCGCCUGGAGGGGAGGGGGAGGGGGAGGGGAAGGCGCUGUGGAAUAGAGCGCGGAACGCGGAUAUUCUGGGGUUCGAGUUCCCCAAGAGCUGCCUCGACUUCGCCACCACGUGGAACAUCUCCUACGGCCUCUGGCUCCGGCUGUGUGAGUUCCCUGCUCUCUGGCUCCGGCUGUGUGAGUUCCCUGCUCUCUGGCUCCGGCUGUGUGAGUUCCCUGCUCUCUGGCUCCGGCUGUGUGAGUUCCCUGCUCUCUGGCUCCGGCUGUGUGAGUUCCCUGCUCUCUGGCUCCGGCUGUGUGAGUUCCCUGCUCUCUGGCUCCGGCUGUGUGAGUUCCCUGCUCUCCCCCUCAUCCCUGCUCUCUAUCAGCCCGUGGCAACCCCCUCAUCCCUGCUCUCUGGCUCAGGCUCUACGUGUAUGAGCGCAUGGUGCCGCCCGGCAGGAAGGCAACCUUUUUCCACAUGCUCGCCACCAUGUUUCAUUCUCACCACCCCCCACCCGCCCUGCCCCCAUACCCCAUGCUUCAUUCUCAACCCCUGGCCUCUUGAUCUUGAUCCCUCCUCAGACGUGUACGAGCGCAUGGUGCCGCCCGGCAGGAAGGCCACCUUUUUCCACAUGCUCGCCACCAUGUUCGUCAGCGCCGUCUCCCAUGUAAGUUUCACAUGCUCCCUUGCCUCCCUCUCAUGUGGGUUCCUCUUUACCCCCCUCCCGCCCAUGUGCGUUCCCCCUCCUUACCCCCUCCUCCCAUGUGCGUUCCUCCUUACCCCCUCCCCCCAUGUGCGUUCCUCCUUAACCCCUCCCCCCAUGUGCGUUCCUCCUUACCCCCUCCCCCCAUGUGCUUUCCUCCUUACCCCCUCCCCCCAUGUGCGUUCCUCCUUACCCCCUCCUCCCAUGUGCGUCCUUCCUUACUCCCUCCCAUCUGCGUUCUUCCUAUUGCAUCCCAUGCUUCGCUCGCCCAUGUGCGUCGCCCCUAGCCCCAUGUGCGUCGCCCCUAGCCCCAUGUGCGUCGCCCCUAGCCCCAUGCGCGUCGCCCCUAGCCCCAUGCGCGUCGCCCCUAGCCCCAUGUGCGUCGCCCCUAGCCCCAUGUGCGUCGCCCCUAGCCCCAUGCGCGUCGCCCCUAGCCCCAUGUGCGUCGCCCCUAGCCCCAUGCGCGGCCUGAAUUGGGGCGACUUCAUCUUCUUUGCCAACUGGGCGCUUGUCGUUGCCAGCUCCAAAGUCUCCGCUGUGCCUUCAUACCCCUGUGUCCCCGCUGUGCCUUCAUACCCCUGUGUCUCCGCUGUGCCUUCAUACCCCUGUGUCUCCGCUGUGCCUUCAUACCCCUGUGUCUCCGCUGUGCCUUCAUACCCCUGUGUCUCCGCUGUGCCUUCAUACCCCUGUGUCUCCGCUGUGCCUUCAUACCCCUGUGUCUCCGCUGUGCCUUCAUACCCCUGUGUCUCCGCUGUGCCUUCAUACCCCUGUGUCUCUGCUGUGCCUUCAUACCCCUGUGUCUCCACUGUGCCUUCAUACCCCUUCACCCGGGGUCCCAUAUAUCAAAUCACUGCAGGAAUCCCCAAGGGCACCAUCACGCACCGCAUUGUUGCGCUUCUUCACACCCUCUACGGCAUCUUUGUCUGCAGCUACAUGGCCAGCGCCUUCUGUGUGAUGACGCUAUCGGGCGCAUAUUCAGCCUACAGUGGCAUGUACUAUACUGGUACUGUCAUUCCAAUUUUCCUGAUUGUUUUGUCAAUGGUGUACAAGCCCCGCCGCCCGAAGACUGUCAAGACAGAGUAA